AUGUCCGGCCGGCUCAGGAUCAAGCGCGUCGUGGCGACGGCCAAGAAGUCGAAGCUGGCUGCCAAGGCCCCCGGCGGCGCAGCGCCAGCAGGUGGAGAGCUGUGCGACUUUGGCGCAAAGCGGCGCCCGUGGGCGCCGUCGGAGGACGAGGCGCUGCGACGGCUCGUCGCGAGCCACGGCGUCAAGAACUGGGCCCUCAUCGCGACUGCCCUCACCAUGCGCAACGGCAAGCAGUGCCGCGAGCGGUGGCACAACCACCUGCGGCCAGACAUCUGCCGCUCCGACUGGACCAUCGAGGAGGACGUCGACCUGUGGCGGCGGGUCAAGCAGCUGGGCACAAAACGCGGAAUCGUAUGCGGUAACCGGUAUGGCGUGAUGGCGUAUGCGUGACUCUGUGUGGCGCGAGCAUGAUACCGUCUUGCGCUCGAGAGUGCGUUUUGAAAAUACAGGGAAACGAC